AUGGUGGCAAGUGUGGAUGGUGAAGAUCUGGAUGAUAAUGUCGUGGCAAAAAUGAUGGUGGGAUUCGCUCGAAUGAUGAACCUGACCUCUGUAACAGUUUGCUUGCCUAACCCCAAAUCAGCUGAAGACCCCUUACCGAUUUUUGUGCAGGACAUCAAUAUAUCGCAAGCCCUUGAGCUCACAUGGGAGCAAUGUUUCACGCCUGUAUUGGUUUUGUGUGGCAAGGUUUUGGUAGCGGGGGGGGGGGGUUACAGGGGUGGCUUCUGUAAGAAGCUGCUGGAAGCUUCCCCUGUGUCCGAGAGAGAGCCCAUACCAGCCGGCUCUAAGACGGACCCGCUGCUGGCCAAGGCCGAGCCAAUCAGCGAUAGUGGUAACGCCUCUGUGAUAACAUUUGUAAGAAGGAAAAAAGUUGGGACGGAGGUAAAAUGGCAGCCGGAGAGAGGAGUGAGAACAUGUAAGAGAAACAACCCUGCAGACACCAAGGUCAGUGAAGAAGGAGGGGGAGGAGAUGCUCCAGGCACCGGAGCAGAGAUUCCCCUGCAGCCCGUGGUGAAGACCAUGGUGAGGCAGGCUGUCCCCCUGCAGUCCAUGGAGGUCCACGGUGGAGCAGAUAUCCACCUGCAGCCCGUGGAGGACCCCACGCCGGAGCAGGACUUGUGACCCCGCGGGGGACCCGCACUGGAGCA